CAUUACCUAGCAGACACCUCAGAUCUGACCCUACAGUCCUCAGAAUCUUCAAGUUGGAAGGGAAAGUCGUUUCUAUUUUCGGCAGGAUCUUCACCCCGCCUCCGAUUGUCAACCACAUUCGCAACCUUAUGACAAGAACUACAGAAGGAGGUGCUUCAGAGGGAGGAGAGGGAACUAUCAACCUGGGACCAACCAUCCCAGGAACACCACUCACAAACCCGACACCAACGUCCAAGGAGACAAAUGUACCUACACAAUAUGAAAGACCAAUUGAAAUAUCAACAUUUGAAAGACCACCGACAAACUCGGCCACAGAACCGUUUGAAAGACCACCACCUAACCAGAAAAAAGAUUUUGUAUCUAACAAACCUAACAUUUCAAAAACACAAAUGAAUGAGUUCCGGGAAGCGUUUAGGCUGUUUGAUAAGGACGGAGAUGGAAGUAUCACACAGGAGGAGUUGGGCAGAGUAAUGCGGAGUUUGGGACAAUUUGCGAGAGAAGAGGAGUUGCAGCAGAUGCUACAUGAAGUAGACAUUGAUGGAGAUGGUUACUUCAGCUUUGAGGAGUUUGUUGAAAUUGUUUCCAACAUGGGAGCAACAGCUGAAAAAACUGCAGACCAAGAAGAAAAGGAGCUCCGAGAUGCAUUCAGAGUAUUUGAUAAACACAAUAGAGGCUACAUAAGUGCUUCUGACUUGCGGGCUGUUCUUCAAUGUCUGGGAGAAGAUUUGUCUGAAGAAGAAAUUGAAGACAUGAUCAAAGAAGUAGAUGUGGAUGGUGAUGGUAGAAUCGACUUUUACGAGUUUGUGCAUGCCCUCGGAGAGCCAGGAGCCGAUGAUGACAUGGAAGAAGAAGAUGAAGAUGCUUUGAUACAAGGCUAAUCAACACCAUCCAUAUCAAACAGACAUUUCUGAAUUUACUUGGAAACUAUAAUUUAAAUGUUGAGUUUACACCAUACAAAGCUUAUUUUUCCACAUUUGAAGUGAAUGUUGAAUUAAUAUAACUAUAACAAUUUAUAUAUUUCUUAGUUCAUUCAUUUUUUUAAAUCUACCAUUUGGGUUCAAAUUUUUAGAAAAAUUAGGUAUCUAUAUUGUUAACCAUUUGACUCACAAAGAACUAUAUAAUGGGGUGCCAUAAUUUAAAAAUAAUUACUGGUAAACUGUUGUAGGGCUUGUGCGACAGACGGUUAUUUGUGAUCAAUGCACAGGCCCUUCAGUGUACAAUGCCAUCAGGUUGUGGGUUCAAAUCUGUCUCAGUCAGGUCUCAUUAGGAGCUAACUUGUCAAUGGCAAAUCUAAAUAGGAGAGCCUCCUAAUAAUAAUAAUUGGACGUUUCGGAAGUUGACUAAAUGGUGUAUUAUUAUUUGUUAGCUACACUAUUAUUUGUGCACGGUUGCAGUUACUGACAACUGAUUUGUAUGAACAUUUUUACUGUCUCACAAGAUACAGAAGAAAAGAAUCAAGAAAGUAAGAAAAUAAUCAAAUCAACCAAUAAUCUCAGGGGUUCAAACGGUUAAGAAAGACUGAUUGGAUCACAUUAUUAUGGCAAAAUAAUGCCUCAAUGCAGAUGGUCUCGGGGAGCGAGCUGGCGUAGUGGUUAGAGCGCGGGACUUCAGUCCCUGAGGUCCCGGGUUCGAUCCCCGCCAAGUCACCAAUGGAUUUUAUCUAAGUGAUAAUGCCGCAACUCCUAGGUCUAGCCUGAAGUAAUGUGAAAAACAAUCCCAGGCUCGUGCCUAGCGUCCUAGGACACAAAAAAAAGAAAAGGCAAAUGGUCUCACUUUGUACAUAUUUUUUCCACAAAAUUUAUGUGUAUUUUCCUCUAUGUGUGAAACCCGGACACAGCUAUUCUAUUAUUACUGUCAUUAAGCAAAAGAAUUUCUCAAUUAAGCAAUUAUUUGCUUUGUGGUUUAUUGUCUUUGAAUACCAAAACUUCCUCGACCUUGCUCUUAAUAGAGUAUAGUGACAAGACCAAACAGCUAAUAAAUAGCCAAUAAAAAGUAAUACUGCUAUCAGACAAGUUUAAUAUAAGAAUAUAUACAAGUUGGUGUGAAAAUAAAUGUUUAAUCAUUUAUACUACUGCAAAACCUAUAGUUUGCAGGUAUAAAUUGUUUACGUUUCUGUACAAAUGAUUAUCUAGAUUCCAAUAUUUUCAGAAUCUGUCAGGAUUUCUAUCUUACAAUCAUAUUUGUAUUGUUUGAUAAAAUCAAAAUGUAUUGUGAUUAUUGAAUUUUUAAAUAUAUGAUUACCUUAAAUGUAACACCAAUUAACUGGGACAUUUCUACAUUAUUCAUGUGAGGUGCAAAUCCUUACAAAGCUAUGCUUCAAUGUCAUAUAUAUCAUCUCCUGGCUUGUGCUAAUAUUGUGUAUAAUUUUUAAUAAAUAAAUUCGUAUCAUUGUGUAAA